UGUGUUCCAGGCUUGUUUGUAGUGAAACGAGAUCCAGCCUCGAGAUCCGAUAGCAGUAGGUGGGUCUCUCCCGGCGCGGUAUUAUACGGAGUGUUUCAUUACCACAGCGGCAGCCAGCCGGGAGCAGCGGGCAAGAUUGUACGUUAUAUCACUCGGAUUAUUAAAACCCCCGGCAACUAUUUAAAUAUUGAGGGGCCGUUCUCGUUUUGUUUGGAGGAGGUUCCUGCACCCCGCGGGGAUGUUUAACUGGAGUAGUAGGGUUUCUAUUACGCUGGCAUCGCCGUGCGCCUCAGUAGGAGCAGUUUACUAUUACUUUGGGCUGGAGGUGGUUCGCUUUUCGCGGAGCUCCGAGUGAGAGACCAGUGCCGGCUCGUGUAGCCUAACCUAAAACCCGCUACUAAUCCUGAGACAGUUGGACAGCAUCUCGGCGCAAAACGGACUUAAAAAUUUCGAACGCAAACGGUUUCUUUUAGCGCUUGACAACAUCUGUAUAUUUUUGGUAUUGCCAAACAUGAGGAUUUUUGAAGACAUUUAAUUACGAGUAUAUCUUUAAGCUAAAAAAUAAAUAUAUAUAUAUAUAUCUCUUUAAGCUAUUUGUGGAUUUUAUUUCCCAAUAGUUUUAUUUGUCAUUUUUACUAUACGCAUCUGUUUUAUUUUAAUCUCUUAUGAACUUUGUUUUUCACUUUUUUGGAAACAUUGUCUUAUCCUUGCACUUGUUUUGGGAACACAAGAGCGGUCCUGGACGCGACAUGAGGACUGUCGCCUGGCUGUCCGCACGGCAUUGUCAUUGUAAUUUUCAUGUGUCAUGUCGAUUGUCGGAUGCCGGAGGACACGCGAUGUCGUUUAGCAUUUUGACAAACUGAAGGUUAUGGGCUGGAACAAAACUAACUGAGGGGGGCAAUUAUGCUGGAGUCCCAUAUAUUCUAGUGGUUUCAGUCGGACACCAACCCAUGGGGAUAUAAAUAUAUAUUUAUAUAUAUAUAUAUAUUCUAGCAUAUCAUUUUCUUUUUUUCGUUUUCCUUCUUUUUUUUUUACUGGACCAAUUUUAGGAUGAUGUUGUAUUGCUGCUCGAGCGCCUUGGUACUUACUAAUAAGUUCACCUGCAGCUUUUUAUUCGUGUUUUUACUGUUCCAAAUGCCACAGUCCUCCUCGCCUUUAAUUACAGGUACAGAAGCCAUCUGCGAGAACGAAGGAGAGGUGCUCCACAUACCGAACAUAACGGACAACCCGUGCAUCACCUGCGUCUGUCUGGAGGGGAAGGCAGACUGUAAACAGGAGAGGUGUCCCCUGGUGUCUGAGGACUGUGCUCUGGUGGUCAAACAGACGGGAGCCUGCUGUGAGAGAUGCAAAGGUUGUCAGCUGGAUGGAGAGUCCUAUAAUAGUUCUGUCUCCUGGACCAGCUCCAUCAAGCCCUGCAUCUCUCGCCGCUGUCAGGAAGGGGUCGUAACUGAAGCGGAAGUACAAUGUGUUGUCCACUGCAGGAACCCCAAGAUUCACCCCAAGAAGUGCUGUCCAACAUGCCCAAGCUGUAUCUUGGAGGGCCAUCUGUACAAAGAGAGGGAAGAGUUUCACCCUGAGGGAAAACCCUGCAUUAAAUGCACCUGCACUGGAGGGCGGACCCUAUGCGUCAGGGAUGUGUGUCCUGUCCUCUCAUGCCCCGCCCACCUGAGCCACACUCAGCCCGGACAGUGCUGUCCCAAGUGCCUCGGUCAGAGGAAAGUGUUUGACCUGUCGAUGGGGAGUUGUCUGUUCCACAGUGAGGUCUAUGAGAACGGCACCUCCUUCAGGCACGACAACUGCACCACCUGUACCUGCAAGAAUUCCACUGUGGUGUGCAGGAAGCGCUGCUCUCGGCCGGGAAGUUGCCAUGGUGACCAGUGCUGUGGGGAGUGUCUAUCCUUCGUGGAGGUAGCGGAAGUGAAGUACUGCCGGGUCAGGAACAAGAUCUACCGGGAGGGAGACAUGUGGUCGUCUGUGAACUGCACCCUGUGUGCCUGUGUCAAGGGGGCCAUCGAGUGCCAGCCAAAGCAGUGUGUGCCAAUCACCAGCUGCCCCUCGAAUAAGAUCCUGAACAGGACAGGCUGCUGCCCGGUUUGCACUGAAAAGCCAGGUGUGUGCACCGUAUUCGGCGACCCUCACUACAACACCUUUGACGGGCGCACGUUUAACUUCCAAGGAACCUGCCAGUAUGUUCUGACUCGAGACUGUGGUGGCGCCCUCUCUGGCGGGGGUGGAAACAGCGCCGGCUCUGACUCUGGCUUCACGGUUGUGGUGAGGAACGAUGCGAGGCGAACCCGCUCCUACUCCUGGACCCAGUCAGUGGAGCUGAGGAUAGGAGGGCUGAGUCUCAGCCUGCACCAGCACCUGACAGUGAGGAGGAACGGCACGCGCAUUGCCCUGCCCUACCAUGGCCCUGGGGUCCACAUCGACCUGGAUGGAUACCUGCUCAAACUCACCACCAUCGCAGGUCUGGAGAUCACGUGGGACGGGGACAGCUUCGUGGAGGUGGUGGCUGCUCCUCACCUGCGCGGUCGUCUCUGUGGCCUCUGUGGGAACUACAACGGACACAAGCGGGAUGACACCAUGGGCAGCGACGGCCUCUUCAAGUUCGUGGUCGAUGAGUUUGCAGAGUCGUGGCGCGUGGAGGGGAAUGAGGUUUGUGCCCAGCCCCUCAGGAGGCCCACCUCGUACCUCUGUCCCGGGAGUGUAAAGGUCAAGUUCCGCGCUCACAGGGAGUGUCAGAAGCUCAAGUCCUGGGAGUUCCAGAAGUGUCACCGGGUGGUGGACUUUGCCUCCUUCUAUAGGUCCUGUGUAACAGACAUGUGUGAGUGUCCGGUGCAUAAGAACUGUUACUGUGAGUCCUUCAUCGCCUACAGCCGGGCCUGUGAGAGGGAGGGAGCCCCCGUCUACUGGAAGCCGGAGGCUGCCUGCAUGGCGACCCAGUGUAAACACGGAGCGGUGUACGACACCUGUGGCCCGGGCUGCACCAAGACCUGUGACAACUGGAAUGAAAUCGGGCCCUGCCACAAGCCCUGCGUUGCCGGCUGCCACUGCCCAGCCAACCUGGUGCUGUUCCAGGGACGCUGCAUCAAGCCCAUAGCCUGCCCUGGCCGGUGACCCUAGUGCCCCAGGGGAAGGGGGCUGAGAGAGGGCCAAACAACCAACACUGCCUAGCACUCGGGGUCCAUAC